AUUCAGCAAAAGCACACCUGUGAGAUGAAUCGACUCAUUGCUAGCGCGCCAUGAAAACUAGUUAAUCUUAUCGUAAACGAGAGAAUUUAUCAAUAAUGUACACGUACCUUACCUUCGCUGCAUUUGCUUUAGACGGCGAGGUACGGUAAACUUCGCAUACUACGGCAUCCGGCUAAUGCAUCCAUCAUUUGUGGCUGGGUUUUCGACUUUACUGACCGACCUGUGCAUUGGUCGGGUUUAGCGUACAAUUAUACUCGUACACUACGCUGCAGUCGCAAUUUUCACGUCAAAUCCAAUUUUCUCAUUGUGGAUAUCCAUCACGAUUUACCUAUGGGAUUAUAGCCGUUCUGCUGAAAUCCUGAUUGAUGUUGUCCGUAUAUAAGUGUAAUUAUUUAAUCUAACAACAAAGUACGGAGCUCGAGCUUAGGAUUUCAAAAUCAAAUACAUAACCUCAAUGGUGAAAGGUUGCACUGGUUAUUCCAGUCGGGUGUAAGCCAUAACACGUUAAUUGCGGCUGUUUUGCCAACAAUUGGCGUGCAGUAUUCUUGCCGCGCUAACCAGCGGCACCCUUUCCCUUGUCAAAGAUGAGGAAUUUUCAGUUCAGUAUAUUAGCCUUUGUUUGUUUGCUCCUGAGGACGGUAACGGCAUUAUGUCCCCAAGUGUGUAUAUGUGAUAUCGAUGAAUGGGGAAGAAAGCGUACGCGCUGUGAGAAUGGCGGUAUUCGCAUACCCGGCACGGUGGACAUCCAGAAUCUGGAUAACGAUGUGGAAGUGUUGGUCAUCUCUGGUUCUCGACAGAAUCCUAACUUUAUCAAUCUGGAGCCGGCCAUGUUUUUGAACAAGCGCUUUAAGGAAAUUCAUCUUACUUAUUCCGAUUUGGAGCGUUUAUCAUCCUCGCCGUUUCACUACGUAUCAAACACUUUGCAGGUGUUGAAUUUAACGAAUAAUCGGCUGAGUUUUGCCGUGGAGCAGAACUUUCGCAAUCUGUCCAGGCUAACGCAUCUCCACUUGGAUUACAACCGCAUUGAGCCGGUGUUUUCAGCCAUGUUCAACUUCCUGAGUUCCUUGAAGGUUCUGACCAUGUCGAACAACCUAAUCCGAGAAAUCCCGCCCCGAAUGGCCUUGCAGUUGAGCCAGCUCGAGGUCCUUGAUUUGAGCUCAAACCCACUGGGCGAACGACAACCUGGUGCCGUGAACGACAACCGGCAGCCAAUUCCGGACACAAUUUUUCAAGACAUGCCAAAUUUACGGGUGUUGCGCGUUGCCAAUGCAAGUUUGGACGGGCUGCCCUGGCCGGCCAUUCAAAAAUCCGUGACAAAUCUUAAUGAAGUCGACCUAUCCGCCAAUCGGAUAAAGGAAAUCAAAGCCAACCAGUUGUCGUUGAAUCGGAAACUGGAAGUAGCCAAACUAGCCGGCAAUCCUAUUACUCGCAUUGAGCCCAACGCUCUGAGCGGGAUGUAUUUGCGGUAUCUGGAUUUAAGCGGCAUCAACCCGAAUGUCUUGGCUCCGGGGGUUUUUCAGGGCGCCAGGAUCGUCUUCCUUGAUAUUAGCGAUAUGAAUUUAAAUAACGCAUUGAACCGAGAGGUGUUUCUGCCGAUUUCUCAAGACUUGAAAGGACUGAAUAUCAGCGGCAAUCCCGAUCUGGCUUUAGAAAGCCGGAUGUUUGAGCUCUUCCCUAAUUUGGAGGAUUUGACGAUGAAACGGAUGAAUAAGGGUCAAUUGAGCAAUGAUUUUUUCGGCUACCAAAAUGUCAUACAGAAUCUGGACUUGUCAGAGAAUCAGCUGGUCAUGCUGGAUGAUGGGUUCUUCAAUCAACUAAGCGAGCUGACGCGUCUGAACUUGGCAUCCAAUCAGCUGACCAGUAUCCCCGUGAACAUCAACCGACCGAAAAUCCAGGAAAUCGAUUUAUUCAAUAAUCGCUUAACCAGCUUCCCGGACGCCCUGGCUAUGACAUUCGCCAGCCCAUCAUCGAGAUUACAGUCCCUCCGGUUAAACAGUAACCCUUGGCACUGCGACUGCUCGGUUGCCGGUCUGGGGCGGUGGCUGACCCGGCAGGAUGGCAGUAUGAACGGUCAGCGCAUUGUCUGCCAAGGAACCGGAAAUUUCACUUGUCCUGUCUGCCAGUCACCCGAGAAUCUGCGGGGCGUGCCGUUGGAUCGUGCUACAUUCUUGGACAGCUGUACGCCGAUCGCAGAUACCCGUAACACGGGAACGGCCAACGUGGACGUCAUUAUUGCCGUCGUUGUCUGCCUGAUUGUACUGAUUAUUGCGGUGUUGUUGUUGGUGUUGUGGUACCGUAACCGCCUGCAUUCCUAUCGAACGUACGAGGAGAAGCGGAAGGAUGCCGAUGUGUACGACCAGAACGGCGAUGCUGAAGUAUUCGCGGAGGAUCCUGGUCCGAUCAGUAAGCCAAAGAGUGGUGUACCAGCCAGUGCACCGGUCAAAGCCCCCGUGAAAGGUGCUGAAUCCGAUGUGUGAUGAUCCCCGUAUUUGGUUCCUGGACAAAUAUGAUGGGGGGCAGCUACUGCAAAAGAGUUUUUUUCUUUGUUAUACCAGCAAAUACCACAGUUGGGUGUGUCAAGUGAUAUUUGCUGUUCCGUAAUGGCCAAAAAUGCGAAGCGGUCUGGACCAGGAAUUUUUUUCUAUUUGUUGUCUUUUGAUUUUUUAUUAUUGUAAUUUGUAGGAAUGCAUGUGUAUCGAAAUGAGGCAUUGCGGAUUUUAUUAUUUGAUGAAAUAGUGUCAUGGUCAAGCAAUGAUGGUUGGGGUUUUUUACGGGUAUGAUGUUAACGUUGCUGUUGUUUUGUAUGACGGGAUGAUGAGGUGUUUGUAUUUCCUCGUACGACCGCAUUGCAGCUCAAUUCUACAUAGCUUUUUUCUACGUUCCUCUGUUUCCCGAUUGUGUCCUAUGUUUCAUGUACAUUUAUUUCCUCGUCAUUUCGAUCGCACUGGCAUGAAAAGUUACUGUAAUAAAUGAAAAUAUUAACGAAGUAUGGAGUGGUUCAUUGAGGAAUCUAUAAAUGAAGCAGACCUUUG